AUGGAUGGAGGUAGAGACUCGGAGAUCGCAAUGGGAGCAUACCAACCUAAGCAUCUGCUAUCUACCAAUCAAAUGAGGCCAACGGGGCAAGUUUUCAGCUUUAGGAUAUCCCUAUGGCUUGAACAUCUACGGAUUAUAACCAAUACAUUCCAGUUUCCCGAAAGCGAAAAGUGUAUAAGAAUGGUUAAUGCAAAGGCAGAUGAGUUAUGGGGACUAUAUGCAGCACAAGUGUACCCUCGGGAUCACGAUCUUCCAGGGCAUUUGCUUAGUUAUCCUAUUAGCAUUGGUAGCAAUGGUGAAGUAACAAGUCUUGCUGGGGCUGAACUCUUUCCUGAUACUAACGCAAAGGUUUUAGGCGAAAAAUCUAACUAUCUCCCUCCAAUUCUCACUACUUAAAUGAUGUAAUCGAUUUACAAUAUAUUUGUUAAGUAUUGAUUAAUAUUUAAGAAAUCU